AAUACAUCUAAAUGUUUCACAGAUGUGGAACCACAUACUACUGAAAAAGAUUCGCCCAGGAAACAAAGUACCGAAAAUCUGACGCCACACAUUACGCACAAGUUAAACAGUACUACAUCAACAAGAUCAUUUAUAUCCACAUCUUCAAAAUUGCCACAAAGUUCAGCAUCAUAUUUAGUAUCAACACUAACUUCCACCUCAGUAUCAACAUCUUAUUCAACCUCAAUAACCGACAUCUUUUUCAACGACGCCAGUGUCUUCAAAAAUCAAAUUCAUCGCCGAUUUCUACUUCUCUUAAACUUUCAAACGCACCAAUGUCUUCACAAACAUCUUUAUCUACUUCAACAAUGCGUUCACCAACAUCAAAUGAUUUUACAUCAAGCACAAUGCCUUACAUCUCAUAUUCGGAUGAAUCUUCAACAAUGUUCGUCUGCUAAUAAGACGUCGACUCAAAAUCCAGGUUUAGGAGGUUUUCAAAUCAACACCGAUCUUGUCGUGGAAAUCGUUUUCAUUGUCCUUUGCCUCGUCAUUGCCGGAAGUUUUAUGACAUUUCUUCUUAAAAAGAAAGGAUAUAUAUCCUGCCAACGAUGUAGAAGUUGUCUUCAUGAACGGCGCAGGCGUAGAUCUUCAACAUCGAGUCGAGGGCCUCUUACACAAGAUGAUGCAACCUUCGUCAAUAUCUCGGAUCCCCCGAGACAAGAGCGGGAACUUUUCUCAAUCGGAGACCAAGAUGGCGGACAAGAUGGCCGACAAAGAUCUUUGCAGCGACGUGGCACGGAGGAUGAUUACUUUUAUGAUGAAAUUUUUGGACAGUCAGCGUUUGUUGAUGAAACAACGAAUAGAGCUAACACUUAUUUAUCAGUUGCUGAUGAUGACGAUGAUGAUAUACUGAGCGGUUUGAACGUCCCAGAUCUUGUUUUUAAAACACCAAAGAAAAUGUGAAAAUUGAAAAUGAAUUCUGAAAUUGAUGUUAUGUGUUGAAGUAACAAGAUACAGUUUGCUAAGAUAAAAUUAUAAGAAAUCAUGAAA